GGAGCUCUUUAACAGGAGCGGGGUGUCCUUGGAGCUGUCUGAAGACGUGUCCUCUUAGCAGUGCCCUGCGGACGCCGAGCAUGAGAAUCCUGCCAGCUACCAGGACAGAUGGGGAAUAACGGGAGCCACCCAGGGCAGAGUUUCUCCUCGCGGUUUCGUCCUGAGGAGCAGGCCGAGAUUGACAGAUUGUUUGAUGCUCUGUCGUCAGAGAAACUUGGCCCCAGUACCUCGCCCGGAUCCUUCUCUCUGCAGGCACUGAAGAGCCAUGUGGGGGAAGCUCUUCCCCCAGAGAUGGUCACCAGACUGUUUGAGGGCAUGUGGAGGGUGGACGUGACUGGGAAGACCAAGGGGCCCAGUGAGCGCAUCUCCCGGGAGCAGUUCACAGUGUCCAUGUCCCACCUGUUGAAAGGAAAUGCUGAGGAGAAAAGUCUCGUGAUCCUGAAAAUGAUUUCUGCCACAGAAGGUCCAGUGAAAGCAAGAGAGGUCCAAAAGUUUACAGAGGAUCUGGUUGGCUCUGUGGCACACGUGCUAAACUACAGACAGGAGCUGAGAGGCUGGACUCAGAAGCAAGCCCCAGGCUCCCUGUCCAGGGUGCAGGUGCUGGCUGCUCAGCUGUGCUCUGAGAUGAAGCUUCAAGGCGGUGAGAAGCUUCUGGGGCCUCAGCGGCUGGACUGUGACCGAGCCACGAUUGAGGACUGGGUGUUCAGGGCCCCCCACGUGGCCACGUUUCUGAGCGUGGUCAUCCACCAAGGCUUUCUCCUCCUGUGCUCGUCCCUCGAUCUGGCCACCCUGGUCCCUGAGCGCCAAGUCGACCAGGAGCGGGAGUUUGCGAGCAUCCUGGAUGUCCUGUCCGUCAUCUACAUCAACUCCCACCUGCCCAGGGAGCAGCAGCAUCGCUGGCGCCUGCUGUUCUCAUCCGAACUCCACGGGCACAGCUUCGCCCAGCUCUGUGGGCGCAUCACACAUGGGGGGCCCUGCGUGGUGCUGCUCGAGGACCAUGACGGCCACGUGUUCGGUGGCUUUGCUUCCUGCUCCUGGGAGGUCAAACCUCAGUUUCAAGGGGAUGACAGGUGCUUCCUGUUCUCCAUCUCCCCCAGCAUGGCCGUGUACACCUGCACGGGCUACAAUGACCACUACAUGUACCUGAAUCAGGGGCAGCAGACCAUCCCGAAUGGACUGGGCAUGGGAGGGCAGCACAAUUAUUUUGGCCUGUGGAUCGAUGUCGAUUUCGGGAAAGGACACAGCAAGGCCAAGCCCACAUGCACCACGUACAACAGCCCUCAGCUCUCGGCCCAGGAGGACUUCCGGUUCGAGAAGAUGGAGGUGUGGGCGGUGGGAGAUGCUUCGGUGACACAGCUGGCCAAGAACACCAAGAGCGUUCUGGACGUGGACCCUGCGGCCCAGGCCCUGCUGGAAGUCAGUGGACGGAUUCGCCACAGCGAAGGGCUCCGGGAGGUGCCUGAUGACCAGUGAGGAGGAGCCCCCAGCACGGGCCUUCCUGGAGCUGGAGCACAGCCUGCAGACUGUGCUUUACUUUAAUCCAGAGCGUGCUGGUCACGUCUAGGUGGUCCUGGAGGUGCCUAAUUUAUGGUUCCUCUGAUGCUAUAUAUCGAUUGGUGGGUGUGUCUCCCCCGAAAUCCUGAGUGUCCAAUUACCAACUUGAUUCUUAGACUUUGCUCAUUUUGUACAGAUGAAAUCCAAAGGCGAUGCUGAGACGUUUGAGGCCGACUGGAAUUAGCAGUGGUUGGGGAUUUGAGUUCUUGCCGUAGGGGAGGGGGGGUCCACUCACUGAGGGUCACUUGGCCUCUGCACAGGCCUCCCAGAUAAAAGCCUCGAUGUCCCAUUUCUACUGGUAAAGGGCAGAGGUGCUUAGAUGGGAAUCUCAACGCUUUGGGGAACAGCUUCCUCUGACAUGGAAUUUCUGUAUUUCAAAAAAAAAGGCACAAGAGUGUACUAACGGGGGUAAUAGCUGGAGAUUUUGAAGAUAACGGUGACAUGGGUCUUCAGUAAGUUUCAGUAUCUGCCUUUCUCAGCUGUUUUUAACACAUUACUGACCAGAGACUUAUUAAUGCGUCUUUUGUUACCCAAACAUCAUUGACCGGAGACGUUUCAGUAUUCAUUUACAUAACAAAUCGCUGUCCACAGGCGUUAGUUUCUGCAAAAAUCCCCCAGUCAAUGAUGAGUUAAGUGAAUCUGUGCUAUGAGUAAAUGGGAAAACCAGGAGGUCUACAGAGAAGCAAAGUUGUGGUUCUCCUACUAAUUUAAGCGUGGGGACAUGCGGGGCCCUGAGGCUAAGAUUCCUGUUAAUACACAUAUGGCUUGUCGCAGGAAUUGGUGGUGAGUAACUUGACUGGCCCGGGCUCCUGACCUCCCAGCAUCACCCCCACCCCAUGCUGCUUCCCGAGGGGAUGUUGGGUACUUUGACAGCGUGGACUUGCUUUAAACGAACAGUGACCCUGAAGUGCUAGCAGAGAUGUUGGUGGGCUGGACCUCAGGCAGGGCUGCCGUGUCCCUUCCAGUCCCUGCAUCCCUCGGAGGCGGCCUGAAGAACCUCCGGACACACCGAGAAUCCCGCUCAGCGGAGCUUUCUCCUUUGCUACACAUUGCCCUUCUGCAGAUCUGACGAAAAUGCUGCCUUGUUACUGAGUUGCCCCCAGUUAUAAGCCAUAGUAAACCGAGCUGUUUGCAUUUUACAGGCUCUGCAUUUUCUACCGGGAGGCUCAUCAAACUCUGCGCUGAGCCCUGAGCAGAAGGCCUUGCACGUGGGCCUUCGGAAGAGAAGUGCUCAGACAGUGACAUGCACACUCGGUCAUGAUUGAUUUUCCUUAUAAAAAGCUAGUUUUUAAUAGCUUCUCAGGUACAUUUUGUGCCUUCUUAAUUGAUGGGAAGCAGAUGCAGCAUCUUAGGACCCUCAGAUAUCCUUACCAUAAUGGGAAGAAUUAGGCCCCGAGUCUUCAGUGUCUUACAGAAUAUUUUUCUAGAAAAAUGCAAUGAAAUAAUGCCUCACUAAUAAAAGGUCCGUUGAAGACCCCUUACCACCGCCUCUGUCUGUGGCUGUCAGAGAGGCUGGAUGUGCCUGCCGGCCUGUUUUCUGCCUUGUGCCUCUUCUAACAAGAGUGCAGGUCAUACCUGGGGGCCUGACGGUUUCCUAAGAUAGCACACCUCCAUGAGGGAAGCUGGGCGCCCAGCCCAGGCGCUUGGUCACCUGGGGGUGUUCGGCCCUCACAAGGGGUGUGGGGCAGCCGUGUGAUUCCCCAGCACGUGUGGUCCUGAGCACACAGACCAGUUUGGUGUCAGCCGUACCCGGGGCCACAGGACCCGAGGAACCACGCUCCUCCUGGGCCUGAGAAACCCGUGAUGCUAGUUUUAACAUGUGAUGAGUUUGUUCUUUGAUAAAAUGGGAAUAAGAAUUCAGGUUGUAAGGACUAGCAGUCUCCCUGGAGGUGAAGACUCAUAAGGGCCCCUGCUAGGCGCUGGAAGGAAGGGGUGAAGAAACGCUGUUCAUGGUACAACACGGCUGUUGUUACUUUUUUCCCCCACCAUAUUUUUUUCUGGAAAAUUUUUUUAAUUGAAUGGAAGAGUCUUUAAAUUCUCCAGUGCUUUACAGUUUUAAAAGGUUUCACACACAUGAUCUUAUAUAAUCCCAUAAUUCCCCCCCCCCAUUGCCCCUCCCCACUGGUAACCACUAGUUUGGUCUCUGUAUCUGUGAGUCUGCUUCUUUUUCCUUUUAUUCACUAGUUUGUUGUAUUUUUUAGAUUUCACGUAUAAGUGAUAUCAGACAGUAUUUGUCUUUCUCUGUCUGACUUAUUUCAUUUAGCAUAAUGCCCUCCAAGUCCAUCCAUGUUGCUGCAAAUGGCAAAAUUUCAUUCUUUUUUAUGGCUGAGUAAUAUUCCAUUAUAUAUAUAUAUAUGUACACACACACCACAUAUUCAUAUGUAUAUAUAUACAUGCACAUAUUCUUUAUCCAUCCAUCGGUUGAUAGAUCCACCGUAUUUUUUUUAAAUUAAAAAAUUAGCUUAUGCAUACACAGCAAAAAAGGUCAAAAUACAAAAGGAUGCACCUUGAAAGCUAAGUCUUCCUCCUGCCUCCGCUCCAGCAUUUUGUUCCCGAGAGGUAACGUGUUGUACCCACUGGUCUGACCCUCACCUUUGUUUUGGGUGGAAAUUGCUCUGUAUCCACCCAUUUAUUCUCAUUGUCUAUGUAAUGUCCCAGGAGAUGGAUGCCCCAUCCUUUCUGGUGUUCAGCCAUCCCCGGCUGGGGAAUGGUCUGUUUGUAGCUAAUCGUUACUGGAAUGAAUAUCGUUUAUAUACAUCUUGGUGUGGUUUUGUCUGGCGAAUAAACUCUUUGAAGCCGAAUUGCUGGAUCAAAAGGUACAUGCUUUUUAAUUUAGAUAUUAACAAAUGAACCUCUUUCAAGCUAGAUUUAUACUUUUGAGACCUGGAAUGCCCGUUUGCCAUGUUU